AUGCGUUUCACCAUCGGCACCGCAGCUAUCGCUCUUUUAAGCUGUGUGAACUCAGUUUAUGGGCACUCGCUGAUUUUACAAGCACAUGGAAAUUGUGAUCCCGAGGGCAAGAAAAACGGUCGAAAUCUUGGAUGGAGCAAGGAAGUCAAUAAGCACGGCCGCCAUAAACAAGGGCUGCACCCCUUUGAGUUAGACUCGGUUGUAUUUAGCGAUCCACCACUCGCACACUGCUGCGGCAAAAAAAAUCCCGGCCGUGUACAAGUUGACCAGGGUUGCGGUCUCACCCUCUGGGAAGUGUGGGCAAGAGACAUGUGGCCUUACCCUAAAAUCAGAGAUUUAGGAUGGGGUGAUCAAAGGGUCAAGAAUAUAAUUCAUAGCAAGCGCCGGUACACAUUGAAUGUCACAGCAGAAAUGAGUACACUCAUGAACGAGGAUAUGAUCUCACAGGCAUCUGGGGGCGGGUGGCUUAAGAUGCGUAUUCACCAAGUCAAUCAGGAUGGGGCAGGUCCAUAUAAGUGCAAGAUCGAUGAAACGGGCAUGGGAGAUAAAUUCCCGGGUAAUCACAAGACUGAAUGGAUUUAUCUUAACAAAGUUCCUGGAGGUCAAGACAUUGCAUCGGGUCCUGGAUCUAAGAAUAAGGCGUCAAUGCGCAAGCCGAACCUCUGGCUUACUCUGCCGAUACCAAACACAGUGAAAUGUACUGGCAUUUUUGGAAAAUAUAAGAAUGUUUGCAUGGUCCGCUGCCAGAACGAGGCUGUAAAUGGGCCCUUCGGUGGCUGUGUCCCGUUCGUACAAACCAGUACCGACACAUGCAAACCACUAACGGAUCCACCAACGGAUCCACCUGUUAAUGGCACAACUACAUCGGGUGAAUACGCAACCACGGUGACAGAAGUUAGAACUUGUUAUUCUACCCCGGGCAAACCCAUCAAGCCCCAAGAAACACCUUCCUGGACUAAAAAGCCUUACAAGAAGGGCAAGCCACCGGUCGUAAUCCCUCCAAAGCCCGACCCACCCAAGCCAGAGGAGCCCGCAACCCCUGAAGAGAAUCCCGCAACCCCUGAAGAGAAACCAGAGACCCCUGAGGAGAACCCAGAGACCCCUGAGGAGAACCCAGAGACCACUGAGGAAAAACCCUCUGUCACUCAGGAGAUACCCGAACCUCCCGAAUCCACCGAGAAUCCUGGCGGUAAAGGCGAUGAAGACGCAGAGAGCGAAGAAGAUUAUUACUGA